AUGGAGGAUGCGCAUAUCGACCUGGUGUAUGAACGUGUUGACGAUGAUAAUAUCACUGGAAGGCGCUUGCGACUGAUAUACCUUGGCCGCGUCUUGCCUAACGGUAUCCGACUUGCCUCUUGGCUCGAUGCAUCCGCGCAUGAAGACGAACAGGGUCACACUGCUGCCAUGCUGCUUGAGUGCGAGCCGCUAGAUCAAGAUAACUUUACUAUGAAACGUGCUCCCAAUGACGGCGACAUCUCUGACAAGCAGCGCGGCAAACAGCGGCUUAUUGACUUCGAUAUGGUUAGCGAUGGUGUGCAGACACGCGACGUCCUAUGCCUCCCGACGGCCUUCCUACAGUGCUCGAUCGGUCCCUCCAAUGAGGAAGCACCACCUACGCAUGAGAUACCCACACCUAAUCCCACGCACGAAGCGCGCGGUUUUGAUCGGCUGCGUUACACAGCCGGCAUGUCUGCCCUGGAUGUUCAAACCAUGCGCGAGCAGUUCCACCUGCAAUCGGGACUUUCUAGGGCUUAUACAGGAGACCUGAUUCGACAAGAAGAUGAGCAAGACUAUGCCUAUCGUUUGGAAGAGCAGUGGAUCGACAAUAUGGGCACAGCGCCUAUCCGUUCUGAUACACCGUCCAUGUCCCUGUGUAUACUACAGGGUUUGAUGAUCGGCUUCUUCUUCCCUCUAAACACCGAGCGCCUUCAAGCGGCACUCACCCAACUCGUACAGCAAUUAGAGGAGCACGAGGAACAGAGGGAAAAUGAGACACAAACUCCCGAGCAGGAACGCCGAGAUCUGCAGCGUACAUUGACGAAUUUCACCAAUCUUUUGCGUAUGGGUGAAGAGGCUCAGCAGACCACGAACACUGGCCCUCUGCCCGCUGGGGAAGGUGAAGACGCCGAUGCCGACGAUGACGCAGAGGAGGACUCUUCCUUGCCAAGGCGCUUCCUGCUGCGACCUGCACGACUAGAUCGAUAUGUGAUUUUUCAGCCAUAUACCCUCUUGGCCAUUAUAUUGGGCUUUAUCUGCAACCCUUUCCCCUCGUCUUCGGGUAAUCCGUACUUCGCUACCCGACACGUUUCGUAG